GAAUAACAUUACAAACCUAAUAAAUUUUAUCAUAUAUCAACAUUUCAAGUUUAAAUUGUGUACAUACAUGUAGAACUAGGUAGCUACAAUUAAUAAAACUUUUCUGUACUAUGUGUGUGCAUAUGUAUGUGUGAGAUGCAUUCAUUAUUUAUUUGUUUAUAUAUAGCUGCACUUCUUCUGGGUUCACCAUAUAUUCCAUCUCUCUCUCUCUCUCUGCUCUUUUCUCUAUAGUGUACUAUAGCUAGAACCAGCUGUACCUUUCUCUCUCUCUAAAUUAGGAAAGAGAGAGUAUAUAUACAUAUAUAUAUAUAUACACAAAAAAAUAGCUCUCUCUAGCAACUACCACCACAGCUGCCACAACUUGUAGUAGUUGUGUACUAAUGCAGCAAUCCUUUCUCUAUACAUAUAUUAAUUAAUCCAUUUUCAUUUUCAUAUAUUUAUUAAUUCUUAUCUCAUCACAUCACAUAAUUAUUAUAUAACUAACUUCUUUGCCUACUUAUACAUAUAUAUAAGUACUAGACCCUCAAUCAAUACACACACUACCACUUUUCUCUCAUCUCAUCUCUUUAAAUAUAAUAAUAAAGAAAAAGAAAACAAAAAUUAUUAGAGAAUAUGGUAGUAGUUGCUGUUGUUAGAAAUGUUAUAGCAUUAUUACUAGUAGCAGAACUGUGUUUUAGUUCUUAUAAUAAAUUAGUAUUAGCAAGUAAUAAUAAUAAUAAUAAUAAUGAAAGAGAAUUGGAUGGAAUCUGGGGUGGUCUUCCUGGUCAACCCAAAGUGGAAUUUUCUCAGUUUUCUGGGUAUGUUACAGUCAACCAAAAAAGUGGUAGAGCUCUCUUCUAUUGGCUUACUCAAGCUGCUUCCUCUCCUCAUCGAAAACCUCUUGUUCUUUGGCUCAAUGGAGGACCAGGAUGCUCCUCAAUAGGAUAUGGAGCAUCAGAAGAGAUUGGACCAUUUCGUAUUAACAAAACUACUUCAUCUCUUUAUCUUAAUAAAUAUUCUUGGAAUAGAGAAGCAAAUCUUCUAUUUCUUGAAUCACCUGCCGGUGUUGGAUUCUCCUAUACAAAUACAAGCUCUGACCUUGAAAACUCCGGUGACAAAAGAACAGCUGAGGAUGCUCUAGUUUUCUUACUUAGAUGGAUGUCAAGAUUUCCAGAAUAUAAAUAUAGAGAAUUCUAUAUUGCUGGAGAGAGUUAUGCAGGGCAUUAUGUUCCGCAGUUGGCAAAGAUGAUCGUCGAUUACAAUAAAGCACACUCUAACUCCAUCAUUAAUCUUAAAGGCUUCAUCGUAGGAAAUGCAGUUACAGACAAUUACUACGAUAGCAUUGGAACAGUUACAUAUUGGUGGAGUCACGCCAUGAUAUCAGAUAAAACAUACAACUCCAUUCUCCACCACUGCAAUUUCAGCUCCGAUACGGCCUCAAACGCAUGCGACGACGUCGUUUACUACGCCAUGAACCACGAGUUCGGCGACAUCGACCAGUACAACAUAUACACACCCACUUGCGCCAACUAUUCUUCUUCUUCUAAUAAUAAUAAUAAUAAACAUUAUUUAAGGCUGAAAAACAGUCUUCUUCGGCGGAGGUUUUCGGGGUACGAUCCAUGCACAGAAGGCUAUGCCGAAAAGUAUUACAAUAGGAAGGAUGUUCAACGAGCCAUGCAUGCUAACACUACUCGAAUUCCCUAUAAAUGGACUGCUUGCAGUGAUGUUCUGAUCAAGAAUUGGAAAGAUUCUGAAAAUUCAGUUUUGCCCACGUACAAGUACUUGAUUGCAGCUGGCCUAAGGAUAUGGGUUUUCAGUGGAGACACAGAUUCAGUGGUUCCAGUCACUGCCACUAGGUUCUCUCUCAGUCAUCUUAACCUCACCACAAAAACUAGGUGGUAUCCAUGGUAUACAGGAGGACAGGUUGGAGGAUGGACAGAGGUUUACAAGGGACUAACUUUUGCAACAGUCAGAGGAGCUGGCCAUGAGGUUCCACUCUUUCAACCGAAACGAGCUUUCGUUCUCUUCAAAUCGUUUUUGGCUGGGAAAGAAUUGCCUAAAUCUUGACAGUGGAAGAGUUUCAACAAGAAGGGUUCAUAGGUUUGAAAGAGAUGACCAUAAAAAUGAAGCAAGUUAGAUAUAGGGACCAUUCAUUCAAGUUCAGUAAUGAUAUUCUCAUGUAAUUUGAUUCUGUCUUGUAUAUUCUGGUAAAUUGGGAAUGCAAGAUAGAAAUUUAAACUAAAAAUUAUUCAAUGCAAGACAUUUUCCAAUCACCAAAUAAA